AUGGGUAGAAAAUAUCGCCUGAAUAUUGUCAAAGCCGGCAUCUCCAGUUACAAGUGGACGGCCCCGCCUGCCCGGGGAAAUACCAUCCAGUCCCGAGAGGCCCCGCCCCUGGCAGUGCUGUUCCCCGGACAUGCUCCCAGCGGCUCCUUCCCUCCCAGGGCCCUUCCUUCCCUGGGCCCCGCCCCUUGGCUGCAUGGCCCCGCCUCACCGUUCGGCUCUGCCUCCGUUGGCAGUGCAGCCCCGCCCUCCCGGCUGCCAAGCUCAGUCCAGCGGCUACGUGGCCUACGCCCCCAGAGGCCCUCCCGCCCCACCGCUCGAUCCCGCCUCUUGGAGACGUGGCCAUGCCCCGGGCGGUGCAACCCCGCCCGUCCCUGUUUGCGAAGCCCCGCCUCCCAUGCGUGCCUUGGCGUCGCUCAUGUCGUGCGCUGGGGCUGCGGGGGGAGAGGCUCCGGCCGCCAUUGCUGCUUGGCUGCUGCGCUACCGCUGUCCUGGCGCGGAGCCCCUCUGCCGAUUGAAGCGCACCGCGACGUGACCGCAGGGGCCCAGCGGAGGGUGCAGACGAGGCCCCGACGGGGGCCCCAGCUGCCCACAGCCGCCCGGUCCGGAGCCCGAAGGGCCCUCCCUCCCCCCGUUGCUAGGCAGCCGCGUCGGGCGAGGAAGGCGGGGCACGGGAGGGGCGGGGCCUCCGGCGGCUCCCCGCCUUGGACUAGUACUGCAUCCUGGGCUGCAUCGGACAGGGUGAGCACGGCGUCGUCUUCAAGGGACUGGGGAGAUCGUUGCCCUCAAGAAGGUGGCUGUGCAGCAGCUGGAGGAUGGCAUCCCCCCAACCAGGAGAUUACAGAGCUGCCCGACUACAAGAUCUUUUUCAAGGAUCAGGUGUCCAUUCCACUCGGGGAGGUGCUGCCUGACAUCUCCCCUCAGGCCUUGGACCUGCUGGGGCACUUCCUCCUGUACCCUCCACACCAGCGCACUGCAGCCUCCCAGGUAGAGUGCCCCAUGGCCUGAGCCUCUGUGCUGGUAGCCAGGUGAGCCACGGUGGGGGUCCCUCCUGACUUGGGUGGGCUGGACCAGGAGCCUGGGGAUGCUGGUGUGCCUUCCGUGAACAGAGCCUGGGGCUGUGGGUGGGUUGGGGUGGCCUAGAAGGCAUGAUCCCCUCACACCCGUGGAUUGGUGACUGGCUCCUUGGUGCCUCCAGUGAGUGUUUACUUAGCACCAGGCAUGAGCAGGUCAUUGUCCUAGGUCUGUCCUGUCCCUGUGGGUCUCGUCCUGUGGUGAGGCAGGGCAUCCAGGCUGUGGGAACUCAGGUUGGGGAGGGACGGGUUGGGAUGGACUUUGGGGUCACAAGGUUUCCUGGGGAGGUAGAUGCAGGAGGGCUGCAGAGGGGGCCUAGGAGGGAGAUUGGGCGAGAAUGGUGGGGGAGCACUAUGGGCUGAUGGCCGAUGGUGUCGGCGCCUCCCUCAGGCGCCCCUGGCCCCCAGCCUUGUGGCCACCAUCCCCACUCUGACCUCAGCUCGAGCAGCGUGGGUUUAUGCUCGCCCCUGGUGAGUUCUCAUGUCAGCAUCACUCGUAGUGCUGGGGCCACCCAACCACUUCCCAGCCCCCUGCUGCCUGCCCCGCUGCCUUGAGUCCACUUCUCCUGUCCAUCUGGUGUCCCCUCACUGGCAGUGGGAGCCACUUUGCCCAGGCAGGUCCACGAGACCUCAGAGAAGCCAGGUCCUAUUGGCCCACAGGCAUCACACACUUGAGGGUGUCACACACUUGGGGUUGUUAACCUGUGUCUUGCCAGCUCCUGUCCCACCUUUCUCGCUCUGCUUGGGCCCAGAGCCCCUCCACAUCCUGGGGCCUGUGCCCUUCUGCCCCUGCUGGGCUCCUGAACCACUGCAGGCUGGCGUGUAUGCUUCCUUCCUUGGGGCUGAUUGCCCGACCGCCCUGGGCUUCCUUCAGCCGCUCACUGCCCGAGCCCACUGGGUGGGAGCAUGCCCUGUGGGGAGCCUUUGCACGGUCCCUGCUGCCUCCCCUCCUCGGGAGGGAGUGCUGCCCAGACAGCACUAGAAGGGAGCCCACUGAGCGGUGGGGGAUGAGGAGGAGGGCCUCUGUGGGGAGGUCUCUGUGUCCCUCCUCCGGAAGGUGAG